UAAAAACAAAAGGAGCUUCUAUUUAGAAAUCUGCGAAAUCUCAGGAGUCUUGAAAUAGAAAUUGGGAGGAAAAUGGGUCGAGCCGGAGGGAUUACGAACGCCGUGAACGUCGGGAUCGCCGUGCAAGCCGAUUGGGAGAACCGCGAAUUCAUCUCUAACAUCUCCCUUAAUGUCCGUCGUCUCUUCGAAUUCCUCAUCCAGUUCGAGGCUACGACCAAGAGCAAAUUGGCAUCUCUGAAUGAGAAGCUGGAUACGCUGGAGCGUCGUUUGGAGCUGUUAGAAGUGCAAGUCGCGACGGCAUCAGCAAAUCCAUCUCUUUUUAGUGCGUAAUUUUACGAAUUUAUGGCUAAAUGUUAUGGUAUCAUGCCUUUCUCUGCUUCCAGUUGUAUUAUAGAAAGUUCUAUUCCACUUUUUUUUUUUUUCCUGGUAACACUGUCUUGGAAUCUGAGAUUUUAGGCCAAUAUUUUCCCAUAUUGCUUAAGCAAAAUUGCCUGUUGCAUGAGGAAAAUGUUUUUAGUAGUGCUUAUAUGAACUAUUGCCUUGAACACCAUGAAAUUGUGAGGCUUUGUUGGUUUUACAUUCAAGAUUGGAGAUGCUGUGAAAAAAGAGUCAGGUUGGGUUGGGUCUUUGAUUUAAAUUGGGAAAAAUUUUGGAGAAAUUGAACAUUUAUGUAUAUCCAUGCAUUGUGAAUUGAUAGAAGGUUUAUGUUAA